GUUGUUUAUCAUCAUCAUGGCAAUAGAGCUCAAGCGAUCACUCUCUCUCUCUCUCUCUCUCUCUCAUCCCCUCUCUUUCUCUCUCUAAAAGUGUUAUAGGAGAUCGAAGAUGAUGGGGAGCUCCGCGAAUACGAAGACCUCUUCGGAGAUCGCGUCGCUCUUGGAUUUGAAGCCGCACCCGGAGGGGGGAUUCUUCGCUGAGACCUUCCGAGAUUUCUCCAUCACACUCCCCAAAUCCCUCCUCCCUCCUCACUAUAAGGUCGAGCGCCCUGUGAGCACAGCCAUUUACUUCUUGCUGCCGUCGGGUAGUGUUUCGCACCUCCACCGCAUCCCCUGUGCCGAAACCUGGCACUAUUACAUGGGCGAGCCCCUCACGGUCUUUGAGCUACAUGACGAUGGUCACAUCGAGCUAACUGUCCUAGGCCCAGAUCUCAAUGCCGGGCACCGGCCGCAAUACACCGUACCGCCAAACGUGUGGUUCGGAUCGUUUCCAACCUUAGACGUAGAAUCCUUUGCGUCAGACGGCAGCCUCCUUGUUAAGUCUCGGAAGCGGGACUCCGAGCUGCACUACUCGCUGGUAGGCUGCACCUGUGCCCCUGCAUUCCAAUUCGAGGAUUUCCAACUGGCCACUCGCGACGAGCUCAAGGCUCUCGCUCCCAACGCAGAACCCUUCCUCAAUUACCUCGUCCUUCCCAGCUGAGCUGAUUUGUGGCCUGUUCGGAUCUCUUUUCUUUCUUUUCGAUCUUUUUACCUUUCACGCGCAAUAAUCUUGUACUGGGUUUGUGGGUGUUCACAAUCGUGACGACUGAAUUAUACUGUAACAGAGUUAUUACGUAAUACAUUUACAUGGAAAUAACACUCGGGACGAAUUUUGUCGAGCCAUUUCU